UAAAUCCACCGCAAAAAUCCGGCCCGUGCGGUGCGGCCUAUACUAAAAAGAAACCAACUAUAAAGAAACCAACUCGUACAACUGAAACUACAAAUACUUUGUUGGACUUGAUACUUGUUAGUGACACCUCUAAAGUUAAAGAUGCUGAUGUUAUGGAUUUUAACAUUGUUAAUUCUCAUGCUCCCUUCCGUGAAGUCAAGAUCAAACAAGAUUCUUUACCAUGGAUAAAUAGGGACAUCAGGAAGGAAAUGAAUACAAGAUUUAAGUUACUGAAGUCCUAUAAAGGCUCCCAAUGCUCAACUCAUCUUUGGAAUGAUAUAAAGAAUCAAGAAAUAGAGUGA